AUGAUCGGUUAUUCAAGAAAUCAAGAAGACAACUUCCUUAAUCAUUUAUUUCGAAUUGAUUGUAAAGACGAGGAUGAAUUACCUAUUCGUCAUUCAUUAGUCAAUCUUUUGGCAAUGAUUCUCUUAGGUGGAAAACAGAACUUUCUCUGGACAUUUACCUUUCAACCAUUAACCCUACAAAACACUUUUGGUUUUGGAUCAACAGCACGUAGUACAAUUCAAGCCAAUGGUGUUCAUUAUGAUUGCGGUUGCAUCAUCACACAAAAUGGUGAUUUGACAUAUUUCGAUAGAACACGUGUUAGUGUAUUAAAUGUUCCUGCAGUUUAUGUUGCUUAUUUCGCCACAUUUGGUGCGUUGGCUUGGCAUUUAUUACUAUUCAAUGAAUCCGUACAAAACUUACAUGGACCAAUUCUUGCUCCACAUGCGAUUGCUGAUAACACAGCUGCUCAUCGUCUGGCAGGAAACGAUCAACGAACAAAAGUCUGCCAUUUUGUUCGAGCAAGACUAUUGUCGACAUUUAAUUUCUUAUCAACUCAUUCGAAUUCUAAUGAUGCAUCUAUUCUGUUGAAUCGUUGUUUCGAACAGAUGGCAUUUUUAACAUUGAACCAUCAACAAGCAGAAAAUUCGUGGAUAAAACCAGUUUAUCAAACAAUCAAUGAUCAAUUGAAAGCUGAAGAAGAAUUUCAGAAUAAAGUCUUUUAUUUCAUUCAUCAAAAAUUAGCUGAGCAUAAAGCUUAUAUCAAUCAGUUAGAUUUACAAUCUCAAAUUCAAGCACAACUUCAGGAUUUUAUCACAAAAAUGCCAAUUGAAAUUCAAUUUCGACAUUUUAAAACUGAAUUGCACAAUCCAAUUCAUUCGGANCAAAUUCAUCAGAAUGAAAUCAAAGACUUUCAAUUAUGUUAUUUCGAUCAUAUCCGUCAGUUAUAUGCGAAUUCAAUCGAUGAUUUCCAGCAUUUAUUCACUGAUGUUUCUCAAAUCUUACGAAUACCGAUUGAACUCGAAUUUGACAAUGAAUUGACUGAAUUGAUACAAGCAGCAACGAUUAGUCUUGAUAGUGUUGAGAAGAUUAAAUCGUUUAUCCAGACAAUUACUGAAUUAUUGAACGAUCUGAGAGACAAUGAAUAUUUUCUUCAAAGACAAUGGGCCGAUUCAUUGAAAGAAACAUGUCGUAUCUUAGCAAUUGAAAAUUCCUUUCUCAAUUUUGUUCCCAUUGGUAUCAAAUGUGAAAAUUAUGUCGCUCUUUGUAUUCAUCUCAUUCGAAUGAGAACUAUUCUACAAGAAAGAUCGGUUAAUAUUGAAGAAAAAGAAGCCAAACAAUGGGAUGAAAGUAUGAACAUCAAUUCGGUUGAACAACAACCAAAUCGUUUUCGUGAAUAUCUUAAUCUAUCAGGAGAAUCUGAUGAAACACCAUGUGCUUCAACUGAUCCCGAAUGGAUUGAAUGGCCUGAAACUGAUCCUACUCCUGCAGAUCCAUCUACCGGAGUGAAUUUAGAUCCUUGGAAUCCUGACCGACCAUCUGAACCGACACUUCCAAGAGCCAUGGCGAAUCCUCCAGGAGAAACGCUUGAAUAUUCUUCUUUGUUUGAAUUGACUAUUGCAUUAGUGCCGCUUUCGACAUCGACAUUAUUCGAACAAAUUCACAGUCAGAAUGAGCAACCAACAGCGACAGAUUUGAGAAAACCAUUGAAAUUCACAAUAACUGAUCUGAAUGGAAAGACGACUGUGAGUUUAUGGAGAAGCGAGAUUCUAUGUCAAAAACUACGUGACUUGUUCAAGAAAGAGAAAUACGAUGAGAAUAUACUGGUUAUUAUUGAUAAAAACAAGAUUUUCCUGAAUUUUUUGAAUGAUGAUAUUCAAUUACCAAAACAAAUUUGUCAAGAAUAUUGGAUUAUUCGUAAAGAUUCGCUGUUGACAGUUCAAUUUCAAUUUCGAGAGAAUCGAUUUGAAUACUUUAGCACAGCUGAUGGUGAGAUUUCAGCCAUAAUCAAUCGUUUUGUUGCUGAUCAAAAUAUUACACCUUUGUCCGAAGGAAUUUAUCUCUGCUUUUUUGAUGAACAAGGAAAAGCCAUUGAAAAUGGAAUGGUCACUGACUUAAACAAACAACUGGAAAAUCCUGAAGCAAAAACAAUCCUGAUCAUCGUCACUGAAGACAAUCUUAACGCGAAAUCACUUUCUCAAGUCACUCUACGAACAGAACAAAGUAAAUUUCAUAUGCAAAUCAUCUUCUUUUACUUUAUCUUUGCUCAUUUGAGUAGAUCAAGAACGAAUCGGUUUGUUUNACAAAUUGCAAUUAAAUUGCAUCAUCAACAAGAAAAUGUCUCUCAAAUGUAUCUCUAUGAAUUUAUUCAAACAUUUGAUCAUGAGAAGAAGUUUUACGAACAAAUUCAUCAGAAUGAAAUCAAAGACUUUCAAUUAUGUUAUUUCGAUCAUAUUCGUCAGUUAUAUGCAAAUUCAAUUUGUGAUUUUCAACAUUUGUUCACUGAUGUUUCUCAAAUCUUACGAACACCGAUUCCAAUCGAAUUUGACAAUGAAUUGACUGAAUUGAUACAAGCAGCAACGAUUAGUCUUGAUAAUGUUGAGAAGAUUAAAUCGUUUAUCCAGACAAUUACUGAACUAUUGAACGAUCUGAGAGACAAUGAAUAUUUCCUUCAAAGACAAUGGGCCGAUUCAUUGAAAGAAACAUGUCGUAUGUUAGCAAUUGAAAAUUCAUUUCUGAAUUUUGUUCCCAUUGGUAUCAAAUGUGAAAAUUAUGUUGCACUUUGUAUUCAUCUCAUUCGAAUGAGAACUAUUCUACAAGAAAGAUCGGUUAAUAUUGAAGAAAAAGAAGCCAAACAAUGGGAUGAAAGUAUGAACAACGAUUCGAUUGAAGAACAACAACAACCGAAUCGUUUUCGUGAAUAUCUUAAUCAAUCAGGAGAAUCUGAGGAAACAUCAUGUGCUUCAACUGAUCCCGAAUGGACUGAAUGGCCUGAAACUGAUCCUGCUUCUGCAGAUCCAUCUGCCGGAGUGAAUUUAGAUCCUUGGAAUCCUGACCGUCCAUCUGAACCGACACUUCCAAGAGCCUUGGCGAAUCCUCCAGGAGAAACGUUUGAAUAUUCUUCUUUGUUUGAAUUGACUAUUGCAUUAGUGCCGCUUUCGACAUCGACAUUAUUCGAACAAAUUCACAGUCAGAAUGAACAACCGACAGCGAUAGAUUUGAGAAAACCAUUGAAAUUCACAAUAACUGAUCUGAAUGGAAAGACAACUUUGAGUUUAUGGAGAAGCGAGAUUCUAUGUCAAAAACUACGUGAUUUGUUCAAGAAAGAGAAAUACGAUGAGAAUAUACUGGGUAUUAUUGAUAAAAACAAGAUUUUCCUGAAUUUUAUGAAUGAUGAUGUUCAAUUACCACAACAAAUUUGUCAAGAAUAUUGGAUUAUUCGUAAAGAUUCGCUGUUUACAAUUCAAUUUCAAUUUCGAGAGAAUCGAUUUGAAUACUUUAGCACAGCUGAUGGUGAAAUUUCAGCCAUAAUCAAUCGUUUUGUUGCCGAUCAAAAUAUUACACCUUUGUCCGAAGGAAUUUAUCUCUGCUUUUUUGAUGAACAAGGAAAAACCAUUGAAAAUGGAAUGGUCGCUGACUUAAACAAACUACAGGAAAAUCCUGAAGCAAAAACAAUUCCAAUCAUCGUCACUGAAGACAAUCUUAAUGCGAAAUCACUUUCUCAAGUCACUCUACGAACAGAACAAAAUCAAGAACGAAUCGGUUUGUUUCAUUCAGAUGCAAACUGGGAUCAUGUCAAUGAAUGGUUAAAACAUUUCGCGGAUAUCACUGAUCCCCCGAGUGAAUAUGCUUUUCUUAACAGGAAACAACAGAUCAUUCUUGAUGAUGAACAAUCCAUUUCUUCCACAAUCGAACAACUACAACCAACAAUUAUCGAUGGAAUCAGUCGAAACAGUACAACCAAAGUGACAUUCACCUAUGAGAAUAACAGUGUAUCUAUAAAUACAUUAAAAUCAUCGAGAAUUUCUCAUUUACUAAACAAUGAAAAUCUUCUUCGACGAUUAAAUCUAAUUGAUAUUUCUCCAAACGAUUGUGUUCUUGUCUUAGGCGAAACAAAUGAACAAGUUCUCUCUCAAGAAGAUAUUCGACAACCUUUAAUGACCUAUUUAUCAGCUGAAGAUCGACCUGUUCAUUUCCGUAUAUCGAUUAUGAUACAAAUCCUUCGAUAUGAUAACUCCGAGCCGAGUUCUCUUCUUCUUCCAAGUCGAAAUGUGACGAUGGAACAUAUAUUUCAAUCGAUAGAUAAUGUUCCAGCGAAUGUUUAUAAGUAUUUGGCCUCGAAUUCCACGAAGAAGAUUAUCGAUGAUUGCGAAACACUUUCAAAUUUACACGAAACAAAAUUUCUUCUGGUGAAAGAAAACGAAACGUGUUUCAUAUCAGUUAAAAAAUCAAAAUCGAAUCAGUUACUUGAUUUAGACGACGAACAAAAUGCGAUACACCAAAAGUUUACAAUUUAUGCUCAAAUUCGCGAUAUUUAUCAAGAAAAUCAACUUGACAUCGAUCGUCAUUAUUGUCUUUAUUCAAAUGAUUUUGUUCCAUCAAUUGAUACACAAUUAUUCUUAUUUCCACGAUCAAACUCGACAAUUGAAUUUGCUUUAAUCGAUCAGAAUUUACCAAUCAAGGUUACUAUUCAGAAUAAAGAAAAUCAACAAACAAUUCAGUUUCAUUGCUCGUCAACAAUCAAUGUUGGACGUUUACACUCAAUUGCUUGUCAGUUUUUUACUUUGAACGGUAAAUAUUAUGAACUAAAGAAGUCUGAUUGUAUACUCGACGAUGAGGAUAUCACUUUACAUGACAUUGAUUCUGAAAUGAAGGAGAUUGAAUUACAACUGGAACCCAAAGCAACGAUUCAUUCUUCAAUCAAAUUUGGCCAACGAAUAAUUGAAUUACCUUGUUCUUUGGAUACAUCAGUAGAAGUAAUUAUCAAAGAAGCAUUAGAUCACUUUCGUGUAUGUCAAGAAGAUUACCCUAUAUACCAAUUAUUCACUUUAACCGACGACGGUGAGUCAGAAAUAGAUGAUACAUUUUCCAUUGAAAAUAUUUAUGAAUUAUUUCCAUCGCGACCUGAAACAAUUCCAUUUGAACUGAAAAGAAAACAAGUCUAG